AAUCAGUUAGUAAGAAAGGGUGCCGAUUGGGAUCGUGGAUCGUUUCAUUUGCAGGGUUCAUAAUUGAACAUCAUGAACAAAAAUGGCCUUAGCCUGCAAAUCUUCUUCCUCUCUCUCCUCCUCACCUUUGCCUCCGCAGAGAUUACAAACCUGAAGAUCACGGCCGACUCCCGAGGCAUGAUCCUCUUCGAGAAAUUUGGCUUCACCCACACCGGCCACGUCAUGGUUUCUGUCACCGAUGUCUCAUACUCCUCGCCCUCCCAAACCGACCUCUCCCGCUUUGGCUUCUUCCUCCUAUCCGAAGAAGCCCUCAUUCAGGUCGUUCUGGAAGCCGAACCGAACCCUAAUUUCUGCAUCCUUGACAGCCGCUACACCAUUCCCCUCUUCACCUUCAAGGACCUCUCCUUGUCCCAGCGGAACUUCAACCAUUCUUACCCCGUCUCUACCCCCAGUGAAUACAGCCUUUACUUCGCCAACUGCGUCCCAGAGAGCCAGGUCACCAUGACCGUACACACAGAGACCUUCAACACCGACAACGGCGUCAAGGACUACCUGCCGGCCGGCCAGACACAGCUGCCCAUGCUUUAUUUCCUCUUCUCACUCGCGUAUUUCGCUUUCCUAGGGUUUUGGAUCUACGUCUGCUACAGUAACAGGCUCUCCCUUCACCGGAUCCAUAUCCUCAUGGCCAGUCUCCUCCUCAUGAAAGCCUUGAAUCUGAUCUGCGCCGCCGAGGAUAAGCAUUACGUUAAGGUCACUGGGACCCCUCACGGUUGGGAUGUUCUCUUCUACAUAUUCCAGUUUCUCAGGGUUGUCUUGCUCUUCACUGUGAUCGUCUUGAUUGGGACGGGUUGGUCUUUCCUUAAGCCCUUCUUGCAGGAGAGAGAGAAGAAGGUUUUGAUGAUCGUGAUCCCUCUCCAGGUUCUCGCCAACUUGGCUUCUGUUGUGAUUGGGGAGACUGGGCCCUUCAUCAAGGAUUGGGUCACUUGGAAUCAAGUGUUUUUGUUGGUCGAUAUCGUGUGUUGUUGCGCCAUUAUCUUCCCGAUCGUGUGGUCCAUUAGGUCGCUGAGGGAGACCUCUAAGACUGAUGGGAAGGCUGCCCGGAAUUUGGCCAAGUUGACCCUUUUCCGGCAGUUCUACAUAGUUGUGAUUGGUUACUUGUACUUCACCAGGAUUGUCGUGUUUGCGCUCAGGACUAUUUCUUCUUACAAUUAUCAGUGGGUAAGCAAUGCCGCAGAGGAGACUGCGAGUCUUGCUUUCUAUUUGGUAAUGUUUUAUAUGUUUCGGCCGAUUGAGAAGAACGAGUACUUUGUCAUUGAUGAGGAGGAAGAAGAGGCUGCGGAGGCAGCUCUUCGGGAUGAAGAGUUUGAGCUUUAAAAUUGAUAUCGGAGAGGAGUUUUUGUUCAUUGUCAUGUCCUUUUGUGCUCUUCAAGUUAACAUCUUGAGAAUUGGGUUGCCGGCUUUACUGUUGAAGAGGAGUUUAUGUUCCUAGUUGCGACUUCUCAAAAUCUUCUGGUAUGAUCUGGCUGUUGAAAAUGGAAUUACUGUUUUUGUCGUCUUACCUCCAUGCUAAUCUUCAAGUACGAGUAAGUUUUGUAUUUCAUUUUAGUAGUUACCUCUGAUCUCGUUUUAAAGGAGCUACUUGUCAUAACGUUAUGUGUUUAAUUCUGUGAUUGCUUUUACUUAGCUGGGAAUUGUUUCUCUUUUGGAAAUGUGAUUUAGAAAAUUAAGAUGUAUGCUGAGAUA